AAAAGUGCCUUGAGGAGCCCUAAAAACAGAGAGAGCGAGGGUUUGGCGCGCGUGUGGCUUGGUUGUGAUCUUGCUGGAAGAAUUAAAAUGCCGAAGGACGUAACUACUUUAGAACCAGCUGACGAUUUAGUUGAGAAUACCGAGCUCGUUCUCUUUCACGCCAAGGAAUGCUAUGUCUACUUGAUACCUCCGAGACGAUCCGCUGCUUCUUACAGAGCAGACGAGUGGGAUGUCAACAAGUGGGCUUGGGAAGGAGCUAUGAAAAUUUGCAGCAAGGGUGAAGAGUGCACCAUAAGACUAGAAGAUAAAACUUCAGGAGAACUCUAUGCGCAGGCGUCCGUGCGCAAGGACGAGCCUUUGCCUAUUGAGCGUGUCAUCGACAGCAGCAGGUACUUUGUGCUGCGGAUAGAGGACAACUCCAGUGGGAAGUCUCGGCACGCGUUCAUCGGGAUAGGAUUCAGAGAGAGGCCACAAGCCUACGAUUUUGAAGCUGCUCUUUAUGAUCAUGUGAACUACUUGAACAAGAAGAAGCAAGCGGAAGAAUUGGAACAAGAAUACCAGACCAAGCCCGCGGUUGAUUACAGUUUGAAGAGCGGCGAAACGAUCCGCUUGUCUUUGAAAAAGCCGAGCGGCGAAGCUGCAGGAAAGUCCACAUUCACGGAUGCGCAAUCUCUGAAAUCCUCCGAGGCUCCAACUGGUUGGCCAUCUUUUCCACUGGGCCCUUCAGAAUCUCUGACAAACGAUGAUACUAAAGCAAGUAGCCUAGAGAACACUGUAAGUGAAUGUGAGGACGAGUUUGGAGAUUUUCAAACUGCUUAAGGGAGUACCAUCUCUUUCAAUCCGUC